CAGUCUUCACAAAUACUUCACAAGACCUGAGAGUCAAACCUAAGAAACUUUUCUCCGUCUUAGAUUUUUCUGGAGUCUGGAAGGACACAUUUUGGUUAUUCUGUGGGAAACCAGGCUGUGGCUGUCAACAGAGAGAAGAAUACAGUAUAUCCAUGGUUUGGUGUGUCAGUACAGAUCACGAUGUGAAGCACAGCAGGCUGUCUAUGCAAGUGUCUACAAGAGCAAUGGUGACCAAACGAUUGAGUAGAUGGAGUUUUGGAUGCUGGAGCCCUCUGGAUUAUGUAUUUUUCCUGCUCCUGCUGCUACUUUGCCUUCCAGUAACAUCGAGCACAAAUGGCACAACAAUUGGGAUUUCAACCUCCACACCAUCUACAGAGCUUUCAAAUUCAAUAACAGCGACUGGAGGAAACACUGCUAUUAUUACCACAACAAAUUCAUCUUCAACCAAAGGUUCCAGUAACUCAUCAACAGUGCCAUUAACAACAAGCCAUGAUGUGCAAAAUACAACUACGAUGUUGGAGACCACAGUCACAUCUUCUAACAUAAGCACAAUGAUCCCAGCAACAACAUUCACGACGGAAUCACGCCGCACUGAUAAUCAAACUGUGGAAAGCACACCAUACACAUCCACUGGAAACACAACUUCUUUUGAAACAACGGCAAACUUCACAUCCACUAGAAACACGACUUCUUUUGAAACAACGGCAAACUUCACAUUCACUGGGUACACUACUUCUUUUGAAACAACGGCAAACUUCACAUCCACUAGAAACACUACUUCUUUUGAAACAACAGCAAACUUCACAUCCACUGGAAACACGACUUCUUUUGAAACAACGGCAAACUUCACAUCCACUGGAAACACGACUUCUUUUGAAACAACGGCAAACUUCACAUCCACUGGAAACACGACUUCUUUUGAAACAACUACGAACCUCACAACAUUUACAGCAACACCCGGACCAUCCCCCUCCGCCAAUAUAACUGAUACAACACCAACCAUUAACCAAACAUCAGCAACGACCGCACCCACACCUUGUAACUUUAAUCAAAGCUGUGUGAAAGCAUUUUACUGGAUGACCGUUAAUGUAACAAGAACACUAGAAAAUGAAAUACCGAUCCGGACAUGGCUUGAGCAGCUUUACAAAAGCAAACUAAAUGCAUGUGCAGUUUCCAUAAAGAGCGUUACGGCGGUGGGGGAGAUCUCUGACGGCAUAUCAUUAACAAAUGUGCUCACAACGACAAGCAUAAGUACAGAGACACCCAUUUUUGAAGGCAUAGAGGUCACGUGUGAUCCAAAAAAUAGUACAAAGGAUGCACUGUGCAAUAUUCUUCUGCAGCUGAGUGCACCUGACAAUGUUUGCUGCAUUAGUGACGCUGUUGUGAAGAUGAGCUCAGAAAAUGUCACUGUCAGAUUGGUGGGAACAAUAGAAAGAGUGGGUGUGUGUGCAAACAAUUCACCAAUUUUAUCCGGACAAUAUGACAAAUGCAGUCAGACAGCAAUCAGUGUUGAUGUAUGUGCAGCAGGACCACGAAACAUCUCAUGUGGGAACAAUACAAAUGUGAUUUUUCCACUGGCUACUGGUCUUCAGGACAUCUGUCCUACUAGUCCACCACCGCAAACAUGUCGUUGUUCCUCACGCUGCAAUAACUCAGAUUUCUACUAUUACCAUUUUAAUGUACGGUGGAACCAAUACUUGGUAUCCAACUUGGCGCAGUCUGACGUAGGUGUGAUUGGUUGCAUAAACAGCAAUCAGGGCGAUACUGAGGCCCCUGCAAGCAAUUGUAGUGUUAUAGUGAAACUAGACACAGCUAUGGACCCGUGUGAUGUUCGCUCAGUUGUAGAAGCUAUCUCUGAACUUCAGAAAAACUUUACCUUAGAUGGAGUUGUGAGCACAGUAGCGGUCUGCUCUUAUUCUUUGGAUUCUUUAAGCGAGUAUUUCAUAUGGAACCCGUCUUUAAGUACAAAUUUCAGUUCUGAAAGCUGCAUGGAGACAGACAGAGGAAACUUGUGGACAGAUUACUGCUUAACAGGGGAUAACUAUGAAGGCAGGCCAAGUAUUGUUAUUCCCCUGAAUGGCAGCUGUAUUUCAUCUGCACCCACUUUUACUAACAGUACCACAACUCCUCCAUCUUCCACAAGUUCCUCCCUCUCGAACACAACCAUCAUCAAUGCUACAGUCUCUACAACAGAGUCUGUGAAUGUAACAACUUCUCCUGCUAAUGUAACAGCCUCAGAGACAUUAGAUGCUGAAGGAUUGUUGAAGUUAAGUGCAAAUGCCUCGUCUUUAAACAGCACUCAGGUGGACCAGAUUUUAUCACAGCUAGAGUCGCUCCUCUCUGGGCCCACCAUCAGCCUGGCAGUGGCAAACACCUCUGUCAGUAUUGUCAACAACCUCCUUGAUGUUCCCGUAGCUGUAAUGACUCCUUUCUCAAAGAGGGCCAUUGGGGUUGUGGACACAGUGGGUCUUAAACUGAUUGUAUCAGGAACGAGUCAGUCAAUAGUUUCACAGUCACUGGCACUGGCAGUGAAGAAAGUCGAUGGGACCAACUUUCAGGAGACGUCCUUCUCCCUAACCGAAGCAUCUAGCGUGCAGAUUCGAAGUAACCUCAGCAUGGAGACUGAAGACAUCAUGGUUCAGGUUCGAUCCACUCCUCUAGGUUCAGUCAUCCUCCCAGCGUCCCUCACACAGAACCUCACGGCAGAUCAGCAGCGGCUCGCAUCCAGAGUCCAGUUCAACUUCUUCCAGAAGAACACCUUCUUUCAGGACAAAGCACUGGGUGAACGUAAAAUAAACAGCGGGAUUGUGAGUAGCAGUGUGGCUAACCUGAGCAUCUCUGGUCUACAGAAUAAAGUGCUGAUAACCCUGCGAAACACAGGGCCCAUUCCGGCUAACUAUGUAUCUUACUGUGUAUUCUGGGACUUUGGAUUAAAUGGUGGCUCGGGCGGCUGGAGUUCUUCAGGGUGCCAUGCGCUUAAUACUUCAGCUGAAGAAACUCAAUGUGCCUGCAAUCACCUUACCAGCUUCGGUAUUCUGCUAGACAUUUCAAAGACUAACAUCAAUGGACUGCAGGCUGACAUCCUGACAUACAUUACGUACAUCGGCUGUGGCAUCUCAGCCAUUUUCCUCUCUAUCACCCUGCUCACAUAUUUGGCUUUUGGUAAACUGCGCAAAGACAUCCCGUCUAAGAUCCUGAUUCAGCUGUGUUUGGCCUUGCUGCUGCUAAACCUGGUCUUCCUAUUGGACGCCUGGCUGGCUCUGUACCCAAAUGCCGUGGGUCUUUGCAUCUCCACUGCUUUUUUCCUGCAUUAUUUCCUCCUGGCAUCCUUUACUUGGAUGGCACUGGAAGCUGUCCACAUGUAUCUGGCCCUUGUCAAGGUGUUCAACACCUACAUAACCCGCUUUAUGGUCAAGAUAGGACUUGCUGGAUGGGGCAUUCCUCUCGUGGUCGUCAUAAUUGUCAUAGCCAUUAACAAAGACCACUAUGGCCUUGUGACAUACGGGAGGUAUGCAAGCGGAGCAACUGAUGAUUUCUGCUGGAUAAAAAACGACAUUGUCUUCUAUGUUGCUGUGGUGGCGUACUUCUGUCUCGUCUUCCUGCUGAACUUUACCAUGUUUAUCGUGGUACUGAUCCAGCUGUGUCGCAUUAAGCGGCAGAACCCUCAUAAUGUACAGAAUCGCAGUGGUUGGCAGGAGAUGCGCAGUGUGGCUGGACUCACCGUGCUCCUGGGCCUCACCUGGGGCUUCGCGUUCUUCGCCUGGGGUCCUGUUAACCUGGCCUUCAUGUACCUGUUUGCUAUUUUUAACACUUUACAAGGAUUCUUCAUCUUUGUGUUCCAUUGUGCCAUGAAAGAAAACGUCAGACGACAAUGGAGGACAUACCUGUGUUGUGGCACCCUGAGGCUGGCAGAAAACUCAGAAUGGAGUCGCACAGCAACGCAAAAGAUAAACAAAGCCAACAAAAAAAGAGACUUUUCAUUCCGCUCUGCGAAUUCUAACAAUUCUAGCUCAUCUUUCCUGAAUCAUGACACCUUGGUAUCUGAUACACCAGUAGACGUCAGCAACCCGAUGGACGAUAGGACAAUAACUGCAGCCGAAGAGCCUAGCUCUGGUUCUGACGUAGUACUGAAUGAGCUCAAUGACCAGUACCGAGGUCAGAGGUCAUACUGAAUGAACUGAUCACAGCCGGUAUGAGUGUGUGUUCAUGUAUGUAAUGUAUGUGUGUGGUCUGGUCUAAUGGAACACGCUAUUUCACUACUAUUUUAAAUUUACAUAAAGUAUUGCGUGUUGUAUAUACAACCCAAAUCUUACUUCAAAUGAAGCACUUUAAUUAAUGCAAUUAAAUAAUGAAGCUACCGCAGUCAUGUAAAACCUUUUAACUCAACAACAGAAAUAUCUGAUGGUAUAGGUUGCAUAUUUUUUUCUGUGAGUAGUUGGAUAAUUGUGCAGUAGGAACAUUGGAUAAGUGUUUAUGAAAUGAAAUGAUGUGCUUAAAAUAUGGUUUCAAUGAUUUGAUUAUUUAAUAUAUAUAUAUUCUGGGACACUCAGAAUAAUUUAUGUUCUUUAUUUUUGUAUUUUUAUAGCUUUUCAAAAUAAUAAAAUGUACAACAUAAGAGUAUAACAAAAUAAAUACAAGUUGAGUGUCUA